AUGUCUGCCACAAAAGGACCCAUCACCAAAUUCCCCGCCGAGGACCUUCGCCCCGCGCGCCGGUACAUCAGCACGCACAACAAGGACGGCAAGGGCGUGUUCAUUGCCGACGACGAUGGCGACCACCACAGGCUGAUGGUGCAAGGACAGGCCGUCGCCAACAUCAUCUACAGCACCAAGGGCAACCCCAUCGACAUGAACAACGAAGCUGACAUCGCCUAUGCCAAAAACAACGAGCCCGCCAUCCAUGUGCCCAACGGUAGCGUGGCCCGCCUGAUCGACUUCGCCCCAGGCAUGGAGUCGCCCAUUCACCGAGCCAUGUCGCUCGACUACGGUGUCGUGAUCGAGGGGAAGUUCUUGUUCUCUCUCGACAGCGGCGAGAGCAAGGUCAUGUUGCCCGGCGACUGCAGCGUCAACCGUGGCUGCAUGCACAAGUGGAAGAACUUGGACGAGGAGAAGUCCGGCCGUAUGCUUUUCAUCCUGCUGGAUGUUACGCCUCUGACGGUGAAUGGCGAGGUUAUCGGAGAGUAUCUGGGCGAUUUGGCUGGCGACUAUGCUGAUGUUGCGCACUGA